UGGCUCCCUCUCACUUUGUACACACCCCCAGCAGGUGCUUUCCCUGCAAGUUAAAAGUUUGCAGUUGUGCUUUAGGCUGUGACUUUCAGGUUAAUUGUUAAAAAGCCUGGGAGGGUAUUCUGCACCGGGGGCUCUGUGACUGUCCUCAGAAGGGGAAGCAGAUUUAAGGGGUGCCCUCCGCUCCUCUGUCUUCGGGUAGCGCCCGGGACAAAGGGUCAUCGCUCAUCCUGAGCAGAACCAGAGCUGAACCACGUCCACCAUCAACCAGUCGACUCUCAGCCUCUGGUCACCAGAGCAUCUCCGCCACGCUAUGUCCAACUCAGUGGGAAGUUUACCAGACGGGACAGUGUACGGGCCCCGGAUCGGGAUGACGGAGGACUCCCUCGCCAUUCUGGAGAGAAACAGGGGCUCCGGGGACCCCUGGGACCUCGUGGAGACCAAACCUAACGUGGAGGCCCUGGAGCGGAGCCUGCAGGGCCUCUAUCCCUCGUGCUUCGACAUGCUUCUCACCGAAGAUGCGACGUGGCUGGUGAAGAUUUCGGAGGCCUCUCCGAUGGCGCCCGCACACAUGACCCACCUGGAGUCGAGGGAGGAACCGGAGCAGUGUCCCGUCAUCGACAGCCAGGAACAGGGCCUCUCUCCCGGGCUGGAGGGCCAGGAGGAGGAGCGCUCCCUGGAGCAGGUGCAGAGCAUGGUGGUGGGAGAGGUGCUGAAGGACAUCGAGACGGCCUGCAAGCUGCUCAACAUCACCCCAGACCCCAUCGAGUGGAACACGGGGAACGUGCAGAAGUGGCUGCUGUGGACCGAACAUCUGUACAGGCUGGCCCACGCGGGGAAGUCCUUCCACGAGCUGACGGGAAAGGACCUGUGUGCCAUGAGCGAGGAGGAGUUCCGCCAGCGGUCGCCGCAGUGUGGGGACACGCUGCACGCACACCUGGACAUAUGGAAGUCAGCCGCCUGGAUGAAAGAGAGACUUUCAGCUGGAGAAACCAAAACUACCGGCGUGGAGGAGCUUUGGUCUGAGGCCGACUCGUCCUGUUCCGGUCAGCCCAUCCAUCUGUGGCAGUUCCUCAGGGAGUUGCUGCUCAAACCUCACAGCUACGGACGCUGCAUCCGCUGGCUCAAUAAAGAAAAAGGUAUUUUCAAGAUCGAAGACUCGGCUCACGUGGCGCGGCUCUGGGGACUCAGGAAGAACCGACCGGCCAUGAACUAUGACAAACUGAGCCGCUCCAUACGCCAGUACUACAAGAAGGGCAUCAUCCGCAAGCCCGACGUGUCCCAGAGGCUGGUGUACCAGUUUGUCCACCAGGUGUGAGGCCACACCGGAGUGGCAGUGGACGGCAACCUACAGAAAAAAAAAGCCAAAGGACACACACGAUGUCCCCGUCAUGCACUUGAACACUUGAGGUGACAGGGAACACGUGCACUGAUCAACAACCCCAAUGGUUCACACUUCCACUGGCAGCACUGGAAAACUGCUGCUGCUUAUCUGUGCAUGGGGCCGAGAGCAGGAGGCCAAACCAUGUGGAUGCUGAGGCUCUUUCUCUUUUUUUUUUUUUUCUUCCUGCUCCAGAAUGAAACGCCCGCUGAUUAAAAAAACCAGAGACAAACUUUAUUAAUGCACUGCUUUUUCAUUUGCACGAUCUGCCUGUUGAUUCGAUGUGAUUCUCAGUUCUCCCUCACUCAGCAAACAGAGUCAGAGUUGGUGGCUCCUGCGUACCGGCUUCAGGAAAACGCCCGUUAACUCGUUUGCUUUGUGUUCUUUUCAUUUGGCUCAUCUUGACCAUGUUUGAGUUGGAGCCAGUUUCUCUGCUGCCACAGUUUGAACGUGUGGUUUGGGAUUGUUUUACUUUUAGUCAGGGCUUGGUCCCGGUUGUUAAACAGUCAGCUCCCGUAACUCAUCCACCGCACGACAGUCACGCUUUCUCGUUCCUUAUCUGAUCUGAAGUUUUGAAAUCUUUUUGGAGGAUGCUUAAAAUAACUGUCAUGACUGUUUUCAUAAUGCCACUUCACUUCCUUCUUCUUCUUCAGAGCCGUAUCGUGCUGGAGAGGGAUCUAUUCCCUGAAAAACUGUUCUUACAGAGGAGCCGUUAUAGCGUCUGGUUUAUUCUGCUGUGUACUGCAUUUUAUGUUAUGUACCACUCAUCAUGGAGAAUCAACCUGCUUUAAAUAAAAUGUGUAGAAAAUAGAACUGAAUAAUAAAACACACAAAACAAACCACGAAAUUACAAGUGAAUCUAUAUUUGUUGUAGUGGAUCCAUGAACGACAAUGUUAGCACACUGCUGAAAUAUCAAAGUAAUAAUUUGAAAGAUUAAAUGAAUAAAAUAAUACAAAUAUUCAUAUCUUCCUCAGCAUGAGCAGUUAUUCACUUUGGUGAUUGUCCAACUUUUCUUCGUGGGCUUUUUAGUCAAUAUCUGUAAAUCACUUUAUCCGCUGUCCCUUGUGUUUUAGUGAUAUUUAGCACUUUCUAAUAAAUGCUAACUCUAGGAUUAUAAACAUGAUGAAUGUUAUCUGCUUAACAAGGACAUGCUGGUGUUGUCAUACUGAUCAUGUUGCCGAUGUUAGGAUUAUUUAUUUAGUCUACUUUCAUUCACCAGUCCAGUCAAGAUAAUGUCGUGACAGACAUCUCUCAUGCCAAACAGGACAGAGUUGUGUAAUCUUUGUAAUCUUUCUCUGGAUGUUGUUGAAUCAAAUUUGUCAUCGUGAAAAUGCUACUGUAAAAAAAAGCAAAACCCCUCAUGGUAAAAUAAUGGACAAACAC